CCGACAACCUUCGACAUAAGAUAUUCCAGAGAAAAUUUGAGGAACGCUCUUUCAAUCUGUUUAUUUCUUCCUCUGUCGACUCUUUAUGCAAAUCUUAUUAUCCGAGAAGAGCCCAAAAAAUUACAAAGAGACGAAGGAGACAAUGCUGAAAGUAACUCUCCACGCGUUUUACCAACGUUAGACUUGCCUUUCCUUUUCUGUUCCUCAGAAAAUUUCCAAUUUUUUACUCUUUAAUCGUUGAACUAAGCGUGGGCCGUGCCGUGGGCUCCCUUUCUGAAUAGGAAAGUAGAUGGAGGUCUUCUGUCAAGUCGAGGCCUGGUGAUGUCUUCCCUUCUCCUGCCAUGGUGAAUUAGGCACAGGGUUCCUUCCGAGGGAAAAAACCUAUGAGGACCCACUUGUACUCAAAUCCUCCAAUCAAAGUUACAGAAAAAGAGAAUUCUGCGGGACCCAUAAGCUAGCGAAUCAAUUUGCCGACACAGACAUUCCUUCCCUCCCUCUUUCCCUAGAUCUGGAGUUCUGGUUUUUGUUCUGAGAUUUCAAGAGCGGAGAAGCCCAGGAUAGCAAAAUAAAAUCCUGGGCUUUUUUUCCUUUCUCCUCUGUCCCAAUUUUUUUUUUUUUUUUUUCUAAUAUUCUUUGGAUAAAGAAAUGGGAAUGGUGGAACUUCAAGAAAAUGGGAGCAGAGAUGGACUAUCAAACCUUCCCUUGGGAGCUAAAAACAAAUACAGGAGGAUGGAUUCGGAGGUCUCGGAGAACGAAGACCCCUCGUAUCAUUAUCAUCUUCAUCAACAGAUUGGGAACAACAAUACGAAGAUAUACGUUUUCUUUUGUGUUGUCUUCGCCUCUCUCAAUUCUGUGCUACUUGGCUACGAUGUGGGUGUUAUGAGUGGAGCUAUCCUAUUCAUUCAGGAAGAUCUGAAGAUAACAGACGUGCAAGAAGAAGUACUUGUUGGCUGCUUAAGCAUCAUCUCACUUUUUGGCAGUUUAGCUGGUGGUAAAACUUCUGACACCAUUGGUAGAAAAUGGACAAUGGCCUUAGCUUCUAUUAUAUUUCAAACAGGUGCAGCUAUAAUGGCGCUUGCUCCUUCUUUCCGAGUACUAAUGAUAGGAAGACUCCUUGCUGGGAUAGGGAUUGGUUUUGGAGUCAUGAUUGCCCCUGUUUACAUUGCUGAGAUAUCACCCACCAUUGACAGAGGAUCUUUCACUUCCUUCCCUGAGAUUUUCAUAAACUUUGGAAUUCUUCUUGGAUAUGUCUCAAACUAUGCAUUUUCCGGUCUUUCACCGCACAUAAGCUGGAGAAUAAUGCUUGCAGUUGGAAUCCUACCUUCAGUCUUUAUUGGGUUUGCUUUGUUCAUCAUACCUGAGUCACCCAGGUGGUUGGUGACGCAGAACCGGGUUGAAGAAGCAAGGUUGGUCCUGCUGAAGACAAUCGACAAUGAGAGAGAGGUGGAACAGAGACUUGAAGAGAUACAGCAAGCAGCUGGGACUACUAACGCACAGAAGUAUGAAGAGAAAGCUAUAUGGAGAGAACUCAUAAGCCCUUCUCCUGUAGUUCGUCGAAUGCUGAUAACUGGAUUUGGAAUUCAAUGUUUCCAGCAGAUCACUGGUAUGGAUGCAACUGUGUAUUACAGCCCCACAAUCUUCAGAGAAGCUGGGAUUGAGGACAAGACCAUGGUGCUUGCUGCAACUAUUGCUGUUGGAUUUGCAAAGACUAUUUUCAUUUUGGUUGCCAUUGUAUUGAUUGACAAGGUCGGGAGAAAACCACUGCUAUACGUGAGCACAAUUGGGAUGACUACGUGUUUGUUGGGAUUAAGCCUUACUCUUUGUUUAAUUAGGGGUGGAGCUUCCAUUCCACUGUCAAUUUUAGCUGUUUGUGGGAAUGUUGCUUUCUUCUCAGUUGGAAUUGGUCCAGUUUGCUGGGUUGUGACAUCUGAAAUCUUCCCUCUCAAAUUGCGUGCUCAAGCAGCAGCACUUGGAGCUGUGGGGAAUAGGGUGAGCAGCGGCCUAAUUGCCAUGUCCUUCCUGUCCAUUUCUCGUGCGAUUACAGUGGCAGGAACACUCUUCAUCUUUUUCCUGAUUUCAGCUCUCUCUAUUGCCUUUGUUUAUUUUUUUGUUCCCGAAACAAAGGGGAAGUCUCUGGAAGAGAUUGAGUUGCUUUAUCAAAAUAUGGAAGGAUGGCGAGGUGGUGAGGUUGAGCUUGGAGAUGUGGAACAUCUAGUGCAAAAACAAUGACUGGCUUUUACACCAGUUUGAUGAACCAAAAUCUUCCAGCAUGUCUUUCAACUCUACAAUUAGCUUGAAGGAAGAUAGGGAACCUUCUCAUGUUCACAGAAUUGACAUGUUUUAGUUGGAAAUCUUUCUGGUUUCCACUGUACAGGAUUUCUAGUUGAAUCCAAGCUGCUGAACGUGAGCUAUACAGCUAUAAGAACUUGCUUUAUAAUCCAUUCAACCAGGAGGGGCAAUUUAUCUGUGUCAGAAUUACAUUCCUAUUUAUUAAGAAGCCUUCCUAGACUUAUUGAGAGCCUAUGUAUAUCUGUGUCAGAAUUACAUUCCUAUUUAUUCAGAAGCCUUCCUAGACUUAUUGAGAGCCUAUGUAUACAGCCCCUCCUAUAAUCAUACACCUGGGAAACUAUUAGAAGUUGAUUUUAGAUCUUAGAGUGCAUUUUAUUUCUUUAGGAAAUAGAAACAAUUGAUUCGGUCCUCAUUCUAUUCAAAAGAAAAUGUCUUCCUUGUCUUAAUUUGUAAAUGUAAUGUUCCUUUGAGGUGGAAUAUGGAUGGCGAGACAGAUUUGUGAAACAGUGGAAA